CUUCCGGGUAGCCUCACGCGGCAUCCUCUGGAGGAGAAGUGUGCUUCGCGGUGUGGAAAGAUGGCUCUCUACAACUUUAAGAAGAUUAUGGUGGUUCCCACCGCAAAGGACUUCAUAGAUAUCACAUUGUCAAAAACACAAAGGAAGACUCCUACAGUUAUCCAUAAGCACUAUCAGAUCCAUCGUAUUCGUCAUUUUUACAUGAGAAAAGUGAAAUUCACCCAGCAGAACUACCAUGACAGACUCUCCCAGAUCCUGACUGAUUUUCCCAAACUGGAUGAUAUCCAUCCUUUUUAUGCCGACUUGAUGAAUGUUUUGUACGACAAAGAUCAUUACAAGCUGGCUUUGGGACAGAUUAACAUAGCUAAGAAUCUCAUUGACAAUGUUGCCAAAGACUAUGUCCGUCUUAUGAAGUAUGGGGAUUCUCUUUAUCGCUGCAAGCAGCUUAAACGGGCUGCUCUUGGACGAAUGUGUACUAUCUUGAAGCGACAGAAACAAAGCUUGGAAUACUUGGAGCAAGUGCGUCAGCAUCUUUCCCGUUUACCAACCAUUGAUCCGAACACCAGGACUCUUUUACUCUGUGGAUAUCCAAAUGUUGGGAAGUCGAGCUUCAUUAACAAGGUCACCAGAGCAGAUGUUGAAGUGCAACCAUAUGCAUUUACCACAAAGUCUCUGUUUGUUGGUCACAUGGAUUACAAGUACUUGCGCUGGCAGGUGGUUGAUACUCCAGGAAUCCUGGACCACCCCCUGGAAGAGAGGAACACCAUCGAGAUGCAGGCCAUCACAGCCCUGGCUCACCUGCGAGCCGCAGUCCUGUACGUGAUGGACAUCUCCGAACAGUGUGGACACACGCUGGAGCAGCAGCUGGAGCUUUUCAGGAACAUUAGGCCUCUUUUUGCAAACAAGCCUUUGAUCAUUGUGGCCAACAAGUGUGAUGUGAAGAGGAUCGGUGAACUCUCCGAGGAAAACCAGAAAAUCUUUGCUGACAUUAUGGCAGAGGAUAUCGCUGUCAUUGAAACCAGCACCUUAACAGAAGAAGGGGUUAUUAAAGUAAAAACAGAGGCGUGUGAUAAAUUGCUUGCCCAUCGUGUUGAUGCAAAGAUGAAGGGAAAGAAAGUACAUGAUGUGCUGAACAGACUGCAUUUAGCUGUGCCUGCUAAACGAGACGAAAAGGAAAGACCACCUUUCAUACCUGAAGGGGCUUUACUUCGCAGGAAAGCAAUGGAUGUUGAUGUACCUAAACGCAAACUGGAGAGAGAUCUCGAGAUGGAACUUGGUGACGAUUACGUCCUGGACCUGCAGAAAUACUGGGACCUGAUGAAUGCAAAUGAGAAGAACGAUAAGGUCCCAGAAAUAUGGGAAGGCCACAAUAUAACAGAUUACAUUGAUCCUGAGAUCAUGAAGAACCUGGAAGAGCUGGAAAAGGAAGAGGAACUGAGAGAGAAGGCAGGAGAAUACGACUCGGAUGAAGAAAGCGAAGAUGAGGAGAUGCAGGAGAUCCGUCAGCUGGCCAAACAAAUCAAAGAGAAGAAGAAAUUGAAAAUCCUGGAGUCGAGAGAGAAGGAUGUACAUGGGCCACGCAUGCCCAGAACCACAAAAAUGGUUGAAAGAAAAACCCUUGAAAAGGAGAUGGGAAAUCUUGGUCUGGACAUGACUGAUAAAGAUAAUAGUCACUACGCUAUCCAGGGCCGAAGAUCUAGAAGUGUUGCUAGGAAACGCAAACGGGAGGCAUCUGAGGCCCCUGCAUCUCGAACCCGUAGUCAGAGUGCCUCUCGUCCUCCAAGGGAUGUUUCAGGUGUUCGUGAUGCCAAGAUGUUAAAGAAAGCCAAGAUGUUAAUGAAGAACUCGCAGAAAGAGAUGAAUCGCAUGGGCAAGAAAGGGGAGUCUGAUAGACAUGUGUUUGACCUCAAACCUAAACACCUUCUGGCAGGCAAGAGAAAAUCAGGCACCACUGACCGCAGAUAAGGAGGGUCCUCUGCAGCAGAGGUGUCAAUUAAUCUCUACCAUCAGGCUGUUUUUAUGUGAAAAGGCAUCACUGAAGUUUUGAAUGUUUGGUUGUUUUUUUUUCCUUCAGUAAAAUUUAAAGUUAAGACUCUU